AUGGGGGAUGGUUGCACCAGCCCCCUGGAUCUUUGCAACACGUUGCCGAGCCGGAGAACUCUGAAGAACUCCCGGCUGGUCUGUAAGAAGGAUGACGUUCACGUCUGCAUCAUGUGCCUGCGAGCCAUCAUGAACUACCAGUACGGCUUCAACAUGGUGAUGUCCCACCCGCAUGCUGUGAAUGAAAUUGCACUAAGUCUCAACAAUAAGAAUCCCAGAACCAAAGCUCUCGUGUUGGAGUUACUGGCCGCCGUGUGUCUCGUCAGGGGAGGACACGAAAUCAUCCUCUCUGCGUUCGACAACUUCAAGGAGGUGUGUGCCGAGACACAGAGGUUCGAGAAGCUAAUGGAACACUUCAAGGACAUGGACAACAACAUUGACUUUAUGGUGGCAUGUAUGCAGUUCAUCAACAUCGUGGUCCACUCGGUAGAGGACAUGAACUUCAGGGUUCACCUGCAGUACAACUUCACCAAGCUCUGUCUGGACGACUACCUGGAUAAGCUGAAGCACACAGAGAGUGACAAGCUGCAGGUGCAGAUCCAAGCCUACCUGGACAACGUGUUUGACGUGGGCGCCCUGCUGGAGGACGCCGAGACCAAGAAUGCGGCGCUGGAGCGGGUGGAGGAGCUGGAGGAGAACAUGUCACAUAUGACGGAGAAGCUGCAGGACACAGAGAACGAGGCCAUGUCCAAGAUCGUGGAGCUGGAGAAACAGCUGAUGACGCGCAACAAGGAGCUGGACGUCGUCCGGGAGGUGUACAAAGACGCCAACUCGCAGGUGCACACACUGCGGCGGAUGGUGAAGGAGAAGGACGAGGCCAUCCAGAGGCAGUGCAACCUGGAGAAGAAGAUCCACGAGCUGGAGAAACAGGGCACCAUGAAGAUCCAGAAGAAGGGCGACGGGGACAUCUCCAUCCUAACCUCGCCGCCCGCCCCCGGGGGCCCACUGGUGGCAGGAUUUGAGGGUGUACCAGGGGGCUAUAAAGGGGGUGCGGUCAGCCCGAUGGGGUCGAAUGGGAUGCCCGCGCCGCCCCCUCCUCCUCCCCCACCGCCUGUGCCUGGGACUGUGCCAAAUGGGCCAUUGGCUGGCCUCGCCGCUCCUCCCCCUCCCCCGCCACCCCCGCCUCCCCCUGGCCCUAUGGUGGUGUCUGCCCCCCCGCCCCCUCCUCCACCCCCCAUGGCCCCACCGCUGCCCGGCUGUGGAUCCCCCACUGUCAUCUUCAACUCAGGGUUAGCAGCCGUGAAGAUUAAGAAGCCCAUCAAGACCAAGUUCCGUUUGCCGGUAUUCAACUGGGUGGCGCUGAAGCCCAACCAAAUCAACGGCACCGUGUUCAACGAGAUCGACGACGAGAGGAUACUGGAGGACCUGAACGUGGAUGAGUUUGAGGAGAUGUUCAAGACGAAAGCCCAGGGCCCGGCCAUCGACUUGGCCGUGAGCAAGACCAAGAUCAUCCAGAAGGGUCCCAACAAGGUGGCGCUGCUGGACGCCAACCGGGCCAAGAACAUGGCCAUCACCCUGAGGAAAGUGGGCAAGGCCCCCGAGGAGAUCUGCAAGGCCAUUCAGCUGUUUGACCUGCGCACCCUGUCGGUGGACUACGUGGAGUGUCUGAUGCGCUUCCUGCCCACGGAGAACGAGGUGAAGAUCAUGCGUCAGUACGAGAAGGAGCGGAAGCCCGUGGAGGCUCUGACGGACGAGGACCGCUUCAUGAUGCACUUCAGCAAGAUCGAGCGGCUCAUGCAGAAGAUGACCAUCAUGGCCUUCAUAGGCAACUUCUGCGAGAGCGUUCAGAUGCUGACACCGCAACUUCAUGCGAUCAUCGCAGCAUCUGUGUCAAUAAAAUCCUCACAGAAACUCAAGAAAAUUCUAGAGAUUAUCUUGGCUCUCGGAAACUACAUGAACAGCAGUAAAAGGGGAGCGGUCUACGGUUUUAAACUACAAAGUUUAGAUUUGCUACUAGACACCAAGUCGACAGACCGGAAAAUGACACUGUUGCACUACAUAGCCAACGUGGUGAAGGAGAAAUACCAGCAAGUCAAUCUGUUCUACAACGAACUGCAUUAUGUGGAGAAGGCCGCAGCAGUGUCGUUAGAGAACGUUCUGCUGGAUGUGAAGGAGCUCCAGCGGGGAAUGGACCUGACUAAGAGAGAGUACAGCAUGCACGGUCACAACACCAUGCUCAAAGACUUCAUCACACACAACGAGGGCAAGCUGAAAAAGCUGCAGGACGACGCCAAGAUCGCACAGGACGCCUUCGACGAGGCGGUCAAAUUCUUCGGCGAGAAUUCCAAAACGACGCCCCCGUCUGUGUUCUUCCCGGUGUUUGUGCGCUUCGUCAAGGCCUACAGGCAAGCGGAGGAGGACAACGAGCAGAAGAAGAGAGCGGAGCAGAUGAUGAUGGAGAAACUUCUGGAGCAGGAGGCCAUGAUGGACCAGGAGGACAAGAAGUCUCCGUCCCAUAAGAACACCAGGGGCAGGAGUCAGCAGCAGGAGGUGAUAGCUGAGCUGAGGAAGAAGCAGGUGAAGGAUACGGGCAGCCGCCACGUCUACGAGGGCAAGGACGGAGCCAUCGAGGACAUCAUCACCGAUCUUCGCAAUCAGCCUUACAGGCGAGCCGACGCGGUGAGGAGGAGCGUCAGGAGACGCUUUGACGACCAGAACUUGCGGCCGGUCAACAACUCUGAAGUCGUAAUUUGACGAGGGAGAAGUGCAUGUGUUAGGGGCGGAGGGUGAGGAGGGGGAGUGAUUUGGAAAGUGUAGCAGCCUCUCACUCUUAAGGACUGAAGGAGAGAUGGAUGGGUCUGACAGGUCAGUUAUAGGGAACCUUAGACAAGCCAAGUGCCUAAAACUUACUUGUGAUCAGUUGUUUUGCCUCCUGUUUGUCUGUCUUGUGAAUUUUUUUUAUUUUUUUAUUACUUCAAGCAAUACCUGGCUUUAAUUGUAUUUUCCUUUGAUAUGUAAAACUGGACACGGACGUCUGUAGCGGGGAUUCCUGAAAGAAGUGUAGAAUGUAACGGGUCACGGUUCCCUUAGCUGUCGAAAGGUAUUCCGCCACAGGGGAUGAAUAUGGUAUUUCAUAGCUAGUAUCUUAUUACAUUCCUGGUGCUACUGCCAUCACUCUUAGAAAUUACACAAUGUGCUCGAGUGGCACUCUAAAGAACGCAUUAGCUUUUCCAAUGUUACUAAAGGGCUAAUGUACUUUUUAAAGGGAACAUACACUAUAUAUACAAAAGUAUGUGGACACCCCUUCAAAUGAGUGGAUUCGGCUGUUUCAGCCACACCCG